AUGGACAAUUGGUUUUAUAUGGAUCGAAUGGCAUUUGAAGAUGUUCUUAUGAAUGAAUUAGGUGUAAAUCUUACUGAAAAAUUAUUAUCAAUCGAUUUUGACCUUCCAGUAUCAUUUAUGAUUGGUGAAACAUCGGAUGAAAUAUUAAUAAAAAUUCAACAAACAUUUAGUCGUGAAAUUUGUGGUAAAAUAAUUUGUAAUGAAAAUUGUCUAUUAUGUUCAUUUAAUCAAUCAACUUAUGCAAAACUAGCUUGGUUUGUUGAACGUUUACUUAUUAUGAGUCCAAUACGUAAAGCUUUUAUCAAACCAAAAAUAUUUCCAACAUUAUUAAAGGAAAAUUUUUCACAUAUGAAGGAUAAAGAUGUAAAAAAUCAUAUCAAAAUUCCUUUUCGUUCAACUACAGAUAUUUCAUUAGAUGUUACUGAAGAUGAAAAUGAUAGAAAAAUAGCAAUUCAAGUAAGUUUUCAAAUAUAAUUUUCUUAAAAUAUUACAUUGAUAAUUACUCUCUAUUUACAGGAUUCAAAUGAUAGUGAUUCAGUCCCUGACUAUUGUAGAGUUAUUAUUUCAGUCAUAAUCUUGAUUAUUAUUCUUAUCAAUUGUUAUUGCAUUCUCAAAAAUUGAACAAUUUAUGUUACAUCGAUUUAUUUUUUGAAAUAUACAAAAAACAAACAACGUUCGCAUCACUCUUUGUUAUUAGUCAAGGACAGAUGUCGUUUUUCUCAUGCUUCUUUGUAAUUUAUGAUUAUUUUUGUCAAAUAAAUUUUUUUCUAUAAUAUUCUUCAAUCAAAUCUUUUUAGUUAAUAGUUUCAAAAAUAUUAAAUUUCAGUUAACUUAAAAGAUUAAAAAUGAUUUUGAUCUUUUCUGAUGUGAGUGUAACAGAGUGAAGUAAUUCAAUCAUACCCAGUCCCAUAUCCUCGCUUGCUAAAUAUGCAGUGCUACAAUAAGAUAUCGUAGUUGAGAGUCCUAUUACUCUGCAAAUGAUCUAUACUUUUCUGACAUCUGAUAUAUAUUCACCAAUAGCAUUAAAGAAUUCGAAUGUAGCCAGUAAUUGGUGUAUUCGUGAUGCUGUUGUCUAACCACUAGAUGAUAUAAUUAUAGGUCUAUCAUGUACAUUUGGUUUAGCUCUAAAACAUUUACUCAAACAUUUUCAUUUCUAACGAACAACAUUAGAUAUAUCAAAUACUAAAUAUAUCAGUAACACUAUGCGAAGUAUUUCACGUCAAAUAACUAAUGAAAUCUUUCGAAAACCUCCGUAUCUAGAAUUUAUUCGUAGUGAGGGUGUAGACGUGAGCGAAAUUAGAAGACUCACAUCUCUCAUAGUGAUUCGUAAGACAUUAAAUAUAUUAUCAUUAGUCACUGUCUUAUACGUAAUGAAUAUAUUUAUGAGCCAUGAAAACUUAUAUUGUGAGGUACUAGCAAUCAAACCAAUAUCUUCUUGACUUUUGUUACAAAAUCUGAUCUAGGUGUUUUCACAAACAUUUCUUCAUUGUAUAUCCAUGUUCAAAUGAUUGACCUUUUCAACUUCAUAUCCUGAACAAUAUUGCAGUGCCUCAAUCGAUAAAAAUCAUGACUUUAGAGUACAGGAUAAAGUCCAGACCAAUCUAGAUCCUCCGCUUUUGAUACACCAAACCUGAAACAAAACCAUAACCACUGCCUACAGUCAACACUCAUAUAUAGAACUUUCGAAAUAAACGAUGAGAAACUAUGAAGCAAAAUGUAUUCUAUAUGUGAGACAUACGUGCUUGUUUAUUUUUUCAAUUGAGAACAGAUGUCUGUGACAAUCAGGUGACCAUGCGGGCAAGAUCGUGACAAAAAAAUAAAUCGCUUUACUAUUACAUUGUUUUCGUUUUCUAACGACUCACAUCAUCAUGUACUACAGUACUUCUCCUUUUUAUUGUUUUGAGAACUACUAGGUGAAAAAUAAAAAUAUUAUGCAUCUAUAUAUAUACAUAUAUGUAUCUCUUUCCUAUAUCUAAGUGCUUUCUUUUCUUGUAUUGAACUGUCAAAUCUUUACCUACAGGUCGAUUACGUUAUUUUUAAUAGUUUUCUUCAGCUUACUGUAUUUCUG